ACUUGCUUUACUGAACUUUGGCUCACUUCCUUAAUUUGGGGUAAAGGAAAAGUCGUAUGACAAGAGUUAAACGACGUUUUUAAACUUUUACGUGGAAAUGAAUGAUUAGAGAUCCAUACUCUUUUUGUGGAGCUUACAAACGCGCAUUGGAAUGAGAGUCGUACAGACUGUCAUCCACAUAAACGGAAGUGGCGUCUCGUCUUGCAAACAUGGAUGAUGGCAGCUUGGGGGACCAGGCUGCCACUACCGAAACUCACUCCAGACAAGCCCCGGUUACAGAGCGCCUCUCCCGGUAUGGCAUGCCUGUUACGGUCGGUGCUCCUCAGCGGAGGUCAAGGCUGCUGCAGAGGCGGCAGGAAGACAAGAAGGGCGGUGCUGCUGCGGGUCGAGACCGAGCUUCCAUCACAGCUCCCCUGCGAGGCGGGUUGACCUCAUCCGCACCCACGGGAGAGCAGGACCACCCGUGGGCUCUGUACCCCAUGGAGCACGCCUGGAUGCUGUCAGCCGUGGAGGGCAACUAUGACACGCUACUGGAGUUCGUGUCAGAGGACCCGCUGCUUCUCGCUAGGCGGGACUUCAUCAGCGGCUACUCCGUCCUCCACUGGCUGGCCAAGCGCGGCAAGGACGACACCCUCCUCCAGCUCCUCCACCACGCCGAGAAGGUAGGCGGUGCUCGGGUGAGCGUGGACGUGCGGGGAAGCGGCGGGCUGACGCCCCUGCACGUCGCCAGCAUGCACGCUCACUAUGCGGUCGUCAAGCUGCUGGUGGGGGCUUUCGGUGCCAACGUGGACGCCAUGGACUACAGCGGGAGGCGGGCCUGGCAGUACCUGCGGUCGGAUGCUCCAGUAGAGAUGAAGGAGCUGCUCGGGAUGUGGGACGACGAGCACGCCGGUGGGGGGGCGUCCAACGCCAAUAAGAACAGCAACAACAGCAGCGUCGUUGAGGCUGCAGCGUGUGAGGAAGUGGAUGGACUCCAUGACCAAGUCAGCUCGUUUGACUGGACGAGGGGAGGAAGCAGGAGGUUUGGGUCUUUGAGAAGGAUUUUCUCCUUUCGUGCAAACAGACGCUGAACACUAACUUUAAAUGUCAAUCACUGGUACUGUUUCAAUGUGAUUUACAUGCUAAACUACCCUCCGUGUCUAGCCAAUAUAAAUAUUUGGACUGACAUAGUAGCAACAGUAUUCUCUAGUCUAGCUUGUUUUUCCAGAGUUCUAUUUGGCCGAGGCCACCAAAGCAGACCUCAAAUCAAACAUGAGCUGCAAUUCAUUGCUCUGUCAUGCAAGAAUUUGCUGUGUGGGCUGAUUGAAAAUCCCCGUGAGCUUCUCAUUUUGCAUUAAACCCCCUCCUUGGCCUUCCUGUUGGAAUUAGAAACACUGGGCGACACUUCAAGUACAGCGAGGAAUACUGUAGAAGCAUUUGGCUGCAUCAGCUGCUGCUACAAGGUUAUUCUUUACAUAUUUAAAAAUGUUUAAAUACACACGGUCAUGUUAUAGCUUGAUCACAGAUCUUUUAUUGUCAAACCAGAGAAUCUGUACAAAAACAGCUGCAGCUCCAGAUGACAUGGAGCCCCCCUCCAUAAACAGUGAAGCCCAGCAGCUGGAGGUCUGGUAGGAUGGAAUGGAGGGAUGCUGGAUCCAUGGGUCAGGUUUACAGGCCAAGCUUAGUCCUCCUCCAGUGUCUCCUCUUAGAGUUGUACCUGGAAUCAACAUGCAUGUCUGAUUAUUUUGCGAGCACUUUCUUAGUAGCCUAACAGAACAAAGAUGUGGAUUCAAUGUUGAGUCCAAACAGCAGCGACCAUCGUGUUCUGCUUCCACCAGCAAAUACACCAAAAUCAAGCAGGACAAGCUACAAGUUACAAUCAGUGGCAGUGUUUCAGCGACAGAGGAGCUUCUUCCCAAUCAGCGAAGAAGAUGCUCAUGAUCUCUGAAGCAGAAGUGUACUCUCAGCAGGGUUAAUGACAGCAUUUCACAUUAACGAAGUGCUGCAAUUGCAGAACCUGCUUUACUCCGUGUAAUCCUUCAUAAAAGGACGAUGCACUUAGUGUGAUAUUUGACUUACCAUAAAAUCCCAUUUAAAGUCAAGCAUGUAGCUAAACUAAUAAAAUAUGGCAUGUUAAGCAUAUGGGCUACUGUUUUAGGAAAUACAAUAAAAAGACCAAUAUUUUAGUCCGUUUUCUGAUAUGUUGCAGGCCAAACCAAUGUUUGAUUCAUAUUGAGCUCGUCUGUGUAGGGCAGGGGUGCUCACACCUUUUCAGCAUGCGAGCUACUUUUAAAAUGACCGAGUCAAAAUGAUCUACCCACUACAAAAAUGCAAAACAUCUAUUUAUUUUCAAAUGUAUUGAGGAUUAUUUGUACGUACAAUGUAUGUUGAUGUACCUUACAUAACCAAAUGAGCCAAUAUUGCAAAACACACAUAAUUAACUAUUAACAUUUUUUGUAAUUACCUGAGUUUACUUUGAUGACUUGCACUGAAUUGAACCAGCCAGGGAUGCAUAGUCCGGACAGUAGCUGCUGAUAGCCAGCCUCAAGCACACUUCCAAAUGUUCAUGUACAUUGUGAAAAAAAGUCCACCUCCCAUUCCGUACGGAAGUGAUAUGUUUUUGCCUUUUUACUUGGUCCAGCAUCUUCACUCAUUUUAGUGACCAUAAACUUUAGCGAGGGCUUAAAAUCUCGCAAUUCGCCGACUAGCUUAGCACUUUGCAUCGUUGUUUACGCAUGAGCGGUGACCUAAAGGUCAAAAUUCAGUUGUCAUCUGACUGGUUGUCCUGUAUGUCAAUCAAGUAACGGGGAUGGAUGAUAGGCUGACAUCGUAAAUUCUGCUGCACUUAGAGACGUUGUUUGAUUUGAUUGGUCGCCCAAAGGGCAACAUUCAGUUGUCAUCUGAAUGGCUGCCCUGUAUAUCAAAUCAAGUGACGGCAUUGAUGCUGGGAUGAUAUUUUUUUUAAUGUCACGCCGCGAUCGACCAGCGAUCGACCAGUACCACCUCCGCGAUCAACCGGUAGAUCGCGAUCGACUUAAUGAACACCCCUGGUGUAGGGCUUAGCUUAACUUGUUUAAUGUGUCAACUAGCUUCAUAAUAAACACGAAAAUAGGGUGACAUUACACCACGUGCAUGUUUCAAGAGAUCAUUCCAGACCAAUGUUUAUCAAAAUUCAUGUUCACACCCUAAUCUGUGCUCAAGUCUGGAGGGGGGAAAAAAAUACCAAAAGCAUGCACAC